AUGGAUAAUGUGCGCAGGUUCCUAGUCGCAAGAAUUGGUUUUAAACUGAAAAUAGCAGUCGAAAAUUUCUGUGUGAAGCUUCACAUCGACACAUCUAGUCGUCUUGAAAUUGUGGCAGGCUCCGUUUCCGGGUCCACUGACUGUCGACGAUGUCCCGCCGCAUUGCCCGCUUGGUUCGACGUCCGGGUAGAUGACGAGUUCCCAGUCCUCGUCGGCACGGCGAAGGACGUUAGUCGCCGGAGAUGCAGGAACGGCAGAGGUGAGGGCAAUACUUGGGAGGAGGAAAACAAUAAGAGUGGUGAGAAGAGUAAUAGGCCGGUUGUGGUCCUCCUUUGGGAGAGAUAUCGGGAAUGGUAUGAUGUAGAAGCUACCCGAUCAAAUUCGAAGUCUAGUUUGGGACAGUUCAUCCGCUUUGUCCGGCGCAUUCCUCCCUACAUCUGGGUUAUUAACCAGACUGACGAGGAAAUAACCGUCGUUGUAAAAAAGUAUGCUCCUACUCGCCGAGUUGUUGGAACCCAAGUCAAUGUUUCUCUGAUAGGUGGUGGGAUAAGCUUGGACUUUGAGUCCUCAAAGAUCGAAGGUACUGAGAAAAAACUCGCCCUCAAGCGCGGGACCCGGACAAAUCUCUGGCUAUUUUCCCUCUCUGGACAAGAGCAGAUGGCUUUGGCAUCAUCAGUAUCUUUAAAGGCACUGAUAGAAACCCGGUCAUUCAGAAUGGUCGAGUCCGGAUGGGUGCUAGGGUGUACUUUCGUGGUGGUCCAAACCUGGUUUCGGGUGAUUGAUGGGCGCAGAACGUGUUGUAAGCGAUGA